AUGAGCGAUACGCCAAUUCAAAGUGAUCCCUCGAGAUCACAACUUGAGCUUCGGACCGCAUAUGGUCCGGUUUUCCGAACCAUCCUCAACGAAGGCCCAAGGAACGCUACAGACAAUGAACUGGAAAGAUUCACCAAUACUGGUUUUUUCUAUAUUAAGAAUCAUGAGAUCAUAGUGUCGUAUAGAUUGACAACCGUUAGAUUCUUCAAGCAGCCCCUCGAAAUAAAACAAAAGGCUUCACUGUCAAAAUCCAAAUACUUCAACGGCUAUUCGGCUCCGCAGUCCACUCGUGCCAACCCCACCGUCUCCCGCGAUACCCGUGAAUCAUUCAGCUGGCGUUACGAGCCUUCGAUUGAUCCCGAUCCAAAGCCCGCUUCCGAAGUCCCCGAGGAAGUCAAGAAGUGGCUUCGGGCCGAGGACUUUGUAUGGGAGGAAACAUCAAACCUGCCGUUGUUCAGGCCUCACAUGCUGGCCUAUUGGCAGGCAUGCCUCACGCUCGCUCGAAAGCUGGUCCGAAUCUUUGCGUUGGCGUUGGAUCUCCCCGAAUCGUACUUCGACAACCGGACUACGUAUCCCGGGGCUGACGGAGUGCUGAACUAUUAUCCGACGCCGACGCCAGAGGAGUCGGCUGCAGACAGCGUUGGAGUGGGCGCUCAUACCGGCCUCCAGCUCUUCACUUUAUUGUGGCAAGACGAUGUUGGUGGACUGCAGGUGUUAACCAACGAAGGUAGAUGGAUUUGGGUACCACCUAAGGAAGGGACCUUCGUGGUCAAUAUAGGGGACUUUCUAAUGCGCCUCUCAAAUGACUUGUUCAAGUCUACGGUCCACCGAGCAUUUAAUCGUCCCACAAUAGAGAGGUGGUGCCAAUUGAGGUUUGCACUGGAGCAGGAUGACAAGAAGGAUUGA